GAGGCUUCGCCGGGACUUCCGAGAGGAGUCAGGAUCUCUAGGCCCAAGCCUGGCGCGGCCCCCAGUUUCUCCUCUCCCGAGAGAGGCAGCCAGCUUCCCGGAGGAGGCGGGGAGACGGGCCUGGUGAAAGGGGCCGGACCCGAAGUAGCUGCCAUGCAGCAGCCCGAACGCGGCGGCGGCGGCGGCAGGCCCCAACGGGGAGGCGGCGGCCGGCAACCCCAUCGCCGCCGGCCGGGUGGUAGAGAGAGGCCGCCGGAAGGCGGCGGAGGCAACAGCGAGGCCAGUCCCGGCCGAGGAGGCCGGAGCCGGGGAAGAGGCGGGGGGAGAGGAAGAGGCAGGCAGGACACUCGCGGCAAAGGGCCCGCCGCGCCUGCCUCCGCCCCUCACGGUUAUGAAUCGGCCUCGGCUGAUCUUGAGUCGCAAGAAGAGGAAAAAGAAGAACAAGGAAGUUAUUCAAGAAGAAAAGUAGUUUCCAACUGGCACCGUUAUGAAGAUGCUGAGAAAGAAACACAAAAUGACAAUGGUGAAUCACAGCGUGGGACAGACUUCAGUGUUUUGCUUAGCUCAGCAGGGGAUUCCUUUACCCAGUUCAGAUUUGCUGAAGAAAAGGAGUGGAUUGCAGAAAACCUUUGUCCGAAACAGUUGUCUGGGUUGUAUGUUGACUGCCAGUCUUUGGUCCAGGCACUUGAAGAGCUGCCUCUACAUCUCAAACUGAAUGUGGCUAAAGAGUUGGUGCAGGAUGCAACACCUGCCAUACUCCCUCAAAUUAAAUUGAAAAGCAGUGAAGUUCCCAAGAAAAGUGCUCCGUUACAGCAUACCAUGGGGCAAAAUAGAGUUGCAUCAAACUCAUAUCCUUCUGCAGACUCUGUUGGCCACCUGUCGCUGCCUAAUAAAGAUGGAUUUGGAUCGUCUUCAGAAGCCCUCCAGAAAAGCUCUUCAGUUACACAGCAAGAGGAUCACUUGGAUGACGACCUUGAUCAACUCCUGAAGUUGGACGCCCCUAUUCAUCCUGAAAACUUUGAACUGGAAACAAUAUCCUGUGAUAGAGUAUCUGGGGAUGAUUUGAAAAUGCCUCAUGAAAUAAAUGACCUUUUAGAACUGGAUGGAACUGAACAAAUUUGCUCAGCAUCUCAACAGCAGGAAGCAACAUCCAAAAAUAUUUCCGAGGAGGACCUUGAAGACUGGUUAGACAGCAUGAUCUCCUAAGGCUACAUUUUGGUUGGCACGCAAGUAAACUGAAAAAUUGACAUGACAGUAGCUGGUAUAGAAUAAUUGCUUACAAGUAUUUAAUUAAGUAGCAACUUCACCUUGAUUUUUAAUUAUGCUACAUGUCCAACUUUUGUUGUUUCUUAGUAUCAAAUAUGCUGGACACCUUGUAGAGAAUUCUCUGUAUUACACUGCCUGAAGAAAUAUAAUGACAUUCUCUUGAAAUGCUUGUAAAUUAAAAAUGUUGCACAGAUGGUUUAAAAUAAUUCAGAUAGCAGCAGGACAAUUUCAGCUUCUUUUGUAGAAGAGCUUCUCACUUAAAGCUGCAAAAUAAACAGUGCUGGGGAAUGCAA